AGAGUAGCAAUCCAACAAUCGAUAUUUAUACAGCAUAUCGCAUAUUUAUUUAUAGCACGAAUUUAUUAUUUUCUUUUUGUUUAAAUACAUAACAACAUCAACAUUGCAUUUCAAAUAAAUAAAAGCUUAGUUGGAAAAAAAAAAGACUGCAACGCAUUAAAACUACCCUCCCAAGCAUCGUGAAUUGUCGAAGCGAAAAUGUUAAAACUACGUAACAUCUUGUCUGUGGGCAAUAUCACCGGCCCUAUCACUUUCCGAUCAGUUUCAACAACCUCAAGCUGCAAGGAAUCAGAAUCAUGGUUUUCAAAGUUACUGGUGCGAAAAAUCGAGCCUACCAAGGAGUCGCACAGCCGAAUGCUGAGCGAUAAGGAAAUUAUAUAUGCCCUGCAUACACAUAACGUGCGCCCUGAUUCGAUGGGCAACUAUCUAAAUAACUACAAAAAUACUGUGGGACUAAUUAAUGAAAAGAAGACGAGCCUGUCGUGCAAUUUGGUUGCAUCAUGGACUGUCCAAGUGGGCGAUAUGGAUCAGUGUUUGCAUUUAUGGAAAUACACGGGAGGCUUCGAGAAGAUUGAUCAGGCCAAAGAGGAUCUGUGGAACGAUCCCGAGUAUCUUAAACUAAUGAGCGAGCGUUCCAAAUUUCUACGCUCACGUCACCUGCAAUACUUGUUGGCCUUCAGCUAUUGGCCUCAAAUCGCGAGCCGAUCUGGCAAAAACAUCUACGAAAUGCGAUCGUACCGACUAACCCCAGGCACCAUGAUCGAAUGGGGAAACAACUGGGCACGUGCCAUAAACUUCCGCAAGCACAACAAUGAAGCCUUCGCUGGAUUUUUCUCACAGAUUGGUCGACUUUAUAAUGUCCAUCACAUUUGGUGUUACAAGUCGCUGCAGGAUCGCAAAGAGACCAGAGAGGCAGCUUGGCGCUCACCCGGCUGGGACGAGUGCGUUGCGUACACUGUGCCGCUGAUUCGCGAAAUGCAUUGCCGCGUCCUGGCGCCCACCGAGUUCUCGCCCUCACAGUAAUAUGACGAAAAGCAAUUACAUAUGUAUAAUUAUUCAUUCGGCGGACCGGUUUUGUGUCUAACAAUUUGAUUAGAAAUGCUGUGAAAAAUGGAGUAGCGCUAUAAUGAUAUCCCCUUACCCCCCUCCUUAUUUCCUACUGAAAACUUGUAAAUAAUGCCAGCAUUCAAAUGCUAUCAUUUUAGCUCUUACUUCUAAAGAUAAAAGUGCAUUUUUUAGUCAAACACUUACAUGACUCCUAAAAGAUUUGAACUACGUGUAUUGUGGAUUAGCAUAGACAAAAAAAAACACUAAUUUUGAAAUCAAAAUAAUCAGAAAAGAUUAAGAAAAAAAUAAAAUAAAAAAAAAAGUUUUAUGUUAUGUACGAGUAAUAAAAUGUGAAUGAAAUGCA